AAAAGAAUUCCCUUACCCUCACUCCUCUGGUGAUCUCACUCUUUCGCAUAGCACCCCUCAUUUGACCCCUCCUCCUCAUUCCUCACCUAACCCCCUUCUAAAUCAUUUCUUCUUCUUCUUCUUCCAAUACCUCACUUUCCUCAAUUCAUUAUAACCGUUCCAUUCAUUUUCUUAUUAAAUAACAAUUUUCCAGUAACUGACUAACUAACAGAUCUCAAUGGCACUAUCACGCAUUACAUCCCCAUUCCGAUCUACCAACCUUCUCAUCCCAUCCAUCCUUUCCUCACUACGACAUCGUUCCAUCUCGAACGACACAACCCUAACUAUCGAAACCUCUAUCCCAUUCACCGCCCACAACUGCGAUGCGCCCUCACGCUCCGUCGAAACAACCACCUCUGAACUCAUGUCCUUCUUCCGCGACAUGGUCCUCAUGCGUCGGAUGGAGAUCGCUGCCGAUUCGCUCUACAAGGCCAAACUAAUCCGCGGUUUCUGUCAUCUCUACGACGGUCAGGAAGCCGUUGCCGUCGGAAUGGAAGCGGCGAUUAAUUCUAAAGACUGUGUGAUUACUGCUUACCGUGAUCAUUGUACCUUUUUAUGCCGAGGUGGAACCCUAAUUGAGGUUUUUUCUGAGCUUAUGGGGAGAAAGGAUGGUUGUUCGAAGGGGAAAGGGGGUUCGAUGCAUUUUUAUAGGAAGGAAGGUGGGUUUUAUGGUGGCCAUGGUAUUGUUGGGGCUCAGAUUCCACUUGGUGUUGGAUUGGCUUUUGGUCAGAAAUAUAGUAAAGAUCCAAAUGUUACUUUUUCUUUGUAUGGUGAUGGUGCUGCUAAUCAGGGUCAGUUGUUUGAAGCGCUUAAUAUUGCUGCUCUUUGGGAUCUUCCUGCAAUUUUGGUUUGUGAGAAUAACCAUUAUGGAAUGGGGACUGCAGAGUGGAGAUCUGCUAAGAGUCCUGCUUAUUACAAGCGUGGGGAUUAUGCUCCUGGAUUGAAGGUAGAUGGCAUGGAUGUUCUUGCUGUAAAGCAAGCUUGCAAAUUUGCAAAGGAACAUGCUUUGAAGAAUGGUCCCCUUAUUCUUGAGAUGGACACAUACAGAUACCAUGGCCACUCCAUGUCUGAUCCUGGCAGCACAUACCGCACACGUGAUGAGAUUAGCGGUGUUAGACAGGAGCGUGAUCCAAUUGAGAGAGUAAGAAAGCUGGUUUUGGCUCACGACAUUGCUACUGAAAAGGAGCUUAAGGACAUUGAAAAGGAAGCAAGAAAAGAAGUUGACGAAGCCAUUGCCAAAGCAAAGGAAAGUCAAAUGCCAGACCCAUCUGAUCUAUAUACCAAUGUAUAUGUUAAAGGUUUAGGGGUCGAGGCAUUUGGCCCUGAUAGGAAAGAAGUAAAAGCUACUUUGCCAUAAUGGAGAAUUUUAUCCUUUGAAUAUCCUCUUCCCUUGGUUACAGACCAAUCAAAAUAAUGAAGAAUAAAAUGUUUUUUAGCAGCAGAACGUCUCUGUCUAUUGGUGAAGCUUUGCCUAAUUGUAUAUGAAAUUUAUUCUUGAGUAGCAAUGUGGCGGCCUAAACAUUUAGCAUGUAAUUUUGGAGGGACCCAUAUUUUAAUUGAUUAUACAUGCAAUUGGUGGUGUAAUGCAAAUUGGAAGAGUUCAUUGUGCUCAAUUUCUUUUGAAUGUGUUCCACAAUUGGUGGAGAAAUGUCAUUAUUUUUUCAUGUACCCAUCAGAUUUUGUUUCAAUUACACCAUUAAUUUUGGGUAUCAAGAAUUCUUGUUUUUUGGGACCAUUUCUGAAAUUUUGUACCUCUUUGCAGAUUGAAUUAUUGAUGCAGAUACUUUAGUUUA